AUGACGUCAUCAAUGACGUCAUUGAUGGCGUCACUGAUGACGUCACCGCCCGCAGCGGCCGGGCUGUAUUACCUGGCGGAGCUGAUCGAGGAGUUCACCGUGCUCACCAAGAGGAUCAUCAAGUACAUGAUCUGGUUUUCCUCGGCGGUGCUGGUGGGGCUGUACCUGUUCGAGCGAUUCCCGGCGUUCCUGGUGGGAAUGGGGCUCUUCACCAACCUCGUCUACUUCGGAUUGCUCCGGACUUUUCCCUUCAUCGUCCUCACCUCCUCCAACUUCAUCCUGUCCUGCGUGCUGGUCGUGGUCAAUCACUACCUGGCAUUCCAAUAUUUUGCCGAGGAAUUUUAUCUCUUCUCCGAGGUUCUGGCGUAUUUCACCUUCUGCCUGUGGCUGAUUCCCUUCGCCUUCUUCGUGUCGCUGUCGGCCGGG